AUGCUAAAUCGGGAACUCUCUGAAGCAGACCACGCGUGUAUCCAGAACAAAGGCACUGCCCACAUAGCCUUGGAAAAUCAACUAUCUCACAACGUACGUUCUAAUGCAAUUAUUAUACAAUGUGUGUUGACAGUUGGAUACCCCCCUGCCGCUGAGAAGUACACGUCGCGAGUGACCAUCACACCGUUUGAGAAGAUAGUG